AAAAAGGAAAAGAAAAUUAUAAAUCACGUUUUCCCAUGUUUGAACUUUUUACAGAAAGAAGUGAAGGAUGUGUUUGCUGCCAUCGUGUUUGAAGCAGCCUACAGCUUAGGAAAACACGUUGUGGAUGGACACCAGGACCGUGACCUUCCCUCACUCACUCCUGUUCUACGCUGGAAAAAAGGAGAGAAGAUCGCUGCAAAGAACGAGACGUGGUUUGAGAAGAACUGUCUGUCAGAGGACUGCGCCGCUGACCUGAGGCUUCAUGGGAAACUGCUGCUUUCUGGGCGUUACAUCAGUUCUCAUCUGGCUCUUGGUGGAGUAAGAAACGUCUCGUUAAAUUUAACCAUCUCUAAUGCUGGAGAUGACGCCUACGACACCAACAUCUACUUAAAUUUCUCCAGAGAGGUUCACUACAUCAACUUCUUACAAAGAGAAGAGAAGGGCAUUUCCUGUAUGCUGGUAGAGCUGGACUUCCUCAAGUGCAGCAUUGGAUUUCCUUUCAUGAGAGCGCAAACCAAGUACCAUCUAUCGGUGCUUUUCGACACGAGUCGUCUGUCUGGUGAAAAUGAGACGCUGCUAUUUUUAGUUCAUGCUAGAAGUGCCAAUCCAGAACAUGAUAGCACACUUCAUGAUAACACAUUGGAGUUGUCCAUACCGCUGGUACAUGAGGUGGACACAACAAUCACAGGUGUGGUCACACCUACAUCUUUUGUGUAUGGGAACUCAGUGGACCGAUCACGCUUCCUUCAGCUGGACGACAUGGAAUGCAGCUUUCAGCCGCUCAACUUCACCUUUCAGGUGAUAAACAAUGGGCCCAGCAGACUUCCAGGCUCCACGGUGGACAUCAGGAUACCCAACCGCCUGACUGGUAACGGAGCAGAUAUGUUCCAUAUCAUUGACACACAAGUAUCUGAAGGUCGAGGGAACUGCACGUGGCACAGGAACCCCAAACCCUGCACAAUCCCUCAGGACAAGGAGAGCAUCUUCCACACCAUUUUUGCUUUCUUCACCAAAUCAGGCAGAAAAGUUCUGGACUGUGACCGGCCUGGCAGAGCGUGUCUUACUAUUUCCUGCAGUCUGAGCUCUCAGGCUAAAGAAGAAGCCACGAGUAUAGAUGUGCAAAUGCUACUGAACACUGAAAUACUACAGAGGCUGGUGUUUGAGGCCCUUCACAGUCAGGAGCCCAGGGGUUACGUGGUGGGAUGGAUCAUCGCCAUCAGCCUCCUGGUGGGAAUCCUCAUCUUCCUGCUGCUGGCGGUGCUGCUCUGGAAGAUGGGAUUCUUCAGGAGGCAUUACAGGGAGAUCAUAGAGGCCGAAAAGAACAGGAAGGACAGCGAUGAAAGCUGGGAUUGGGUCCAGAAGAGCCAAUGAGAGCUUGGAUUGGGUUCAGAAAAUCUAAUUCCCCCGGCUCUCUCCAAAGACCCAGACCCUCCAGCCUUCCAUAUGUGGAAGAAAAGAAUAUUCUCCAGAUUUUUCGGAGGUUUGACACUUUUUGUUUGUCGUUGAUGGUGAUCUAGCUGAUGUUGGAGGUGACCGUGUGGCCUGCCAGAAGAGACUCGCAGUGGAACUCCACUGAUCCCAAUGGGACAGGCCUCUUGCCAGGGGGUCUGAAGAGACGGAAAGAGAGACUUCCUGGAACGAAUGUGGAUAUCGUGUCAAUACUAGCAGACAAUUACAACCCUCAGGGCGCUGUUGAAAAGCAAAAAUCUAUUUUUUAUAAAAUGUAUUCCAUACUGUAUAGAAGAGAGCUUCAAGAGUUGUUUUUAAAGCACUGAUGACUGACACACGCCAAAGAGUUGAUGUUAUUCCUUCACAGUGUUCUGGUGCACAUCAGUUUUCAGAUGAACCUUGAAGAUGGAUUGUACCUCUUUGUCCCCUCAAGAUGUUAACUUACAAAGAAUGCAAAGCAGAAGUUUGUGUCCUUCAUUCGAACGACUCACGAGUUAAAUGUUGCAUGAACAAAUGAAAGAGGAGAUGCAAACCAAAGUUGUUAUUGCUCGAGUUGUUAAAAGAGUAGUUCACCUCAAAAUGAAUGUUUGCUGAAAAUGCACUCAUCCUCAGGCCAUCCAAGAUGUAGAUG